GUGCAGGCUCCCUGCAGCUCCAGCAGGACGCACGGAGCGCUCUAGCCUGUCCCGUCACGGUCCACUUUACGGCAGAAUAACGCUGGCGACACACCGCUUCGCAGCGAACGUCGCCGUUCUGCUGCUGUUUCUUUCAGCCUAGUACUUGGUUGUAGCCCUGCUGAGAGCGGUUUGGUUCUACUCGUGGGUGGAGUACCUCUCUCUGUCCAGCAACCAUGUCAGGCUUCAACCUGCUGCAUCUAAUAACCAAGAGCCAGCCUGUAGCUCUGAGGUCCUGCAGCCUUCCUUCAGGAGCAUGUAGGACUAAAAAGACAUGGCCGGUGAGUUUUCCUUCGGAGGACCUGAAGAAACGCCUCACACCUCUACAGUACCACGUUACCCAGGAGAGGGGAACCGAGAGUGCCUUCACUGGUGGGUUAACUCAUCACAAAGAUGAGGGCACCUACACUUGUGUGGUCUGUGGGGCUGUGCUGUUCAGCUCGAACAGUAAAUUUGACUCUGGAUCAGGUUGGCCGUCUUUCUCCGACCUCGUGACGGCGGAGUCGGUCACUGUUUCCGAUGAUUUUUCCCACGGGAUUCACCGAGUGGAGACUACCUGUAGCCAGUGCGGCGCUCACCUGGGACACCUGUUUGAUGAUGGACCAAGACCUACAGGAAAACGCUACUGCAUCAAUUCGGCCUCCUUGGCUUUCCAGCCCAAAGAUGGAGGGGCCUCCCCUGCCUCCGGCUCCGUAGCCGAGGGCGGAGCUGGGGGGAGCCCAGGAAGUGGCAGGACGGAGCUCUGAAAGACACUCGUGAAUUGCAGCACAUCCCACAACUGUGCCUGUGUAGGAAUAGUUAAAAUACAGAAAGGAGUUUUAGCUUCAUAUAAGUGCUGUAAAAUCUCUCACGAAGGAAAUGUGCACGGUACCUAAAUAGUCACACUGAAAAGCUGAAAAUCACACUGUCCCAACUGAAUACUGGGAACUAUGUUUUCCCUUUUAUUCCCUUUGGUUUGAAGAGUACCAUUUAGUCUGCUAAUAUAAACGUGGAGGAAAUGCUGUGUAGUGGUAGUGACACAUGAAUAAAAAAUGAGCACUUUUUACAGUAAGUAUUUUAUUACAGUAUAUCUUUGAAAUGAUAUUUGAAAAUGGCCUCCAGUCACAGAUGGUAUCAUAUGUUGGACAA